AAGCGCCGCCCCCAGUGAGCGUCAGUGACUCGACCGCGCGAAGCAUCCAACGCCAGUUGCCUCUGCUCGGCGCUCGCCACUGCCACCUCCAUGCCCCAUCACCACCUCCACCACCUCGCCGCCUCGAGACCAGAACCCUAGCCAGCCCCAAUGCCUCCACACCACCUCCUAUCCCUCCCCUUCCUCCUCCUGUCCCUCGCCGUCUCCGGCGCCACCGCCGCUGCCGCCGGGAACACCACGUCGGCGCCGCUCGCCUGCUCCGAGAUCUCGCGCGUCUGCACGGCCUUCCUCGCCUUCCCUGCCGCCGGCGCGUCCGCCGCCAAUGCCACACUGCUCGAGUCCAUGUUCGACGCCGCGCCGGGGGACCUCACCGCCGACGCGGCGGCCAGCCCAGGCUACGCAUUCGUGCGCAAGAACUGCUCCUGCCUCCCAUCCCGCACCUACCUCGCCAACACCACCUACACCAUCCCCUCCUCCGCGGCGCCCCCCAACGCCACCGCGGCCGACGUGGCGGCCGCGGCGUACGUGGGCCUCGCCGUGCCGCCGCCAGGUGGGGCGGCGCAGCGGCCGCCGCGGCCCGGCGCCGUGGUGGCGCUCCACCUGCUCUGCGGCUGUUCCUUCGGGCCCUGGAACUACCUCCUCAGCUACGUCGGCGUCGACGGCGACACGGUGGAGUCGCUGUCGAGUAGGUUCGGGGCCAGCAUGGAUGCCAUCGAGGCUGCCAAUGGCUUGGUCGGCCCCGACCCCAUCACCACGGGGAAGGUGUACUACAUCCCACUCAACUCUGUUCCUGGUCAGGCGUAUGUUGCAAUACCUCCUCCUCGUGCUCCUGCACCAGCACCGACAGAGAACACAUUGUCAGAGAUACCAGAGCAUCAUUCAACAAAAUUUCCUUUUGGAUGGGUUAUUGGCGGCAUGGGAGUUGCGCUUGCUUUAAUUGCUAUUGCUCUCCUUGCACUUGUCCUCUGGAAAUCCUUCCGAGACAAUCUCCAAGCUCCUAAUAACCAGAGAAAAAGUUCAGACCAACCUAUGUCACAUAAAUUUCAAGUCCUUAAGAGUGUUAGUUUCUGUUAUGGUUCUGGAAGAUACUUGUGCUGCCAAUUCGGAAAUGGGAAGCCAACAAGAGCAGAUGGUGGUGAUCAUCAUAUCAAUGUCCCCAAAGGUGUGGUAGUAGACGUAUUUGAUAGGGAGAAGCCUAUUGUGUUUACGUAUGAAGAAAUACUCACAUCAACGGACUCAUUUUCUGAUGCAAAUAUUCUUGGUCAUGGUACAUAUGGUUCUGUUUACUAUGGUGUUCUCCGAGACCAGGAGGUUGCGAUAAAGAGAAUGAUGGCCACUAAAACUAAAGAAUUUAUAGUGGAGAUGAAAGUUCUUUGUAAGGUUCAUCAUGCUAGUCUGGUAGAGUUGAUUGGCUAUGCAGCAAGUAAGGAUGAGCUUUUCCUGGUUUAUGAGUACUCUCAAAAUGGUCCACUCAAAAAUCAUAUACACGAUCCUGAAAGCAAGGGGUACUCAUCACUUUCAUGGAUCUUUAGGGUCCAAAUAGCACUUGAUGCUGCCAGAGGACUUGAAUACAUUCACGAGCACACAAAGGAUCAUUAUGUUCAUAGAGACAUCAAAUCAAGUAAUAUCUUGCUCGAUAGUUCCUUCAGAGCGAAGAUUUCAGAUUUUGGUCUAGCAAAACUGGUGGUGAAAUCCAGUGAUGCAGAGGCUUCUGUCACAAAAGUUGUUGGAACUUUUGGUUAUUUGGCCCCUGAAUACCUGCGGGAUGGACUGGCAACUACGAAAAGUGAUGUCUAUGCUUUCGGGGUAGUACUUUUUGAGUUAAUAUCUGGAAAGGAGGCAAUUACACGGGCUGAAGGAAUGGGUGCAAGUUCAAACUCUGAAAGGCGCUCACUGGCAUCAGUUAUGUUGACUGCUCUAAGGAACUGCCCUAGUUCAAUGUAUAUGGGGAAUCUGAAAGACUGCAUUGACCAUAAUUUAAGGGACCUGUAUCCUCAUGAUUGCGUUUACAAGAUGGCCAUGCUAGCAAAACAAUGCGUGGACGAAGACCCUGUUCUACGGCCGGACAUGAAGCAGGUUGUGAUCACGCUCUCGCAGAUACUCCUGUCAUCCAUCGAGUGGGAAGCCACGCUGGCUGGGAACAGCCAAGUGUUCAGUGGUCUUGUGGCGGGGAGGUGAUCCUGCUGCAUUGGCCUGUCUGCUGCUGCUGCUUUCUGUGCUCUUCGGCAAUUUCCUUCACUGAUCCACUGGAGGCAUGUGCUCCUAUAAUCCUGCCCUGUAUCUUACUGGUCCCUUGUCCAGUAGAGCAAUUUUCUGUGGCUUCUUUUGAGAGAAAUAUCUAUCACAAUGAAAUAUAUGUCUUGGUGGGUGGUACAGUAUGUAAGUAUGUAUACCGGUAUCUACCUGGCAAUGCAAUGGCCAUGUGUUAUUUUUGC